AAUUUACCAUAUUUGCAGAUGGGGAACAAAUUAAAACCAGAAAACUCACACAUCACUACAAUAAUGGAAUUUGUUCUCUUGGAUUUUUCCGAUAUUCCCAAUCUCCAGUGGAUCCUUUUGGGGAUAUUUUCAGUCAUCUACCUGACCAUUCUGAUGUGCAAUAGCGUCAUAAUACUGAUAACAAGAAUUGACUCCACUCUCCAUAUCCCCAUGUAUUUUUUUCUCAACAAUUUUUCCUUUUUAGAAAUCUGUUAUGUAACAGUAACUAUCCCAAGGAUGCUCAUGGACAUUUUGACCCAGAAAGGACACAUUUCUUUCAUUGCUUGUGCUACACAAAUGUGUUUUGUCCUCAGGUUUGGAGGCUCAGAGUGUCUGCUUCUGACCGUGAUGGCCUAUGACUGCUAUGUGGCCAUUUGUAACCCUCUUCACUACUGUCUUGUCAUGAAUCAUAAGGUCUGUGUCCAGCUGGUCACUGCUUCCUGGCUCAGUGUGGUUCCUGUCAUAAUUGGGCAAACAUGGCAGAUUUUCUCUCUGCCCUUUUGUGGGUCCAAUACAAUUAAUCAUUUCUUCUGUGACCUCCCCCCAAUAUUCAAGCUUGCUUGUGGGGACACAUUUGUGAAUGAGAUAGCAGUCUAUGCAGUCGCUGUGGUGUUUAUCAUGGUUCCAUUUCUGUUGAUCGGUGUCUCCUAUGGCCACAUUAGCUCCAACAUUCUGAAACUGUCAUCAGCCAGAGGAAGGGCUAAAGCCUUCUCCACCUGCUCCUCCCACCUGACCGUUGUGGUUUUAUUCUAUGGAACAGCAAGCAUCACUUAUUUGCAACCCAAACCAAAUCAAGCCGAAGGGACUGGGAAACUGAUUUCUCUUUUCUACACUGUUUUGAUCCCAACCUUGAAUCCCAUUAUAUAUACUCUGAGGAACAAAGACAUCAUGGUGGCACUGAGAAAACUACUAACUAAGUUAUUAACCUGA